AGCACCAGUAGAAACGGGAAAGGGGAGAACAACCAACAUAUAUGAUUUUCUUUUCGUUCUCCGCCGUGCACAAAUGUCUAUUUUCGGCCACCGUUCCCUAAAACGAGUUUGGAGGCAACCGGUUGCCAGAAGUAGGUGUGUUGAAGCCGCUCCGGCCGAGAGGAGACUUGUGUGGGAGGAGGCACACAGUCUCUCCCCAUGAUAAACCGUCAUUACCGGCGAUUGAACCAGCCAUGGACUGCUGCCAUGAGUAUUCUUGAACAGUAUUAGUAAGCUGUUUGUCCGUCUUGCUACGGGUGCAAUAUGCCCAAUCGACGAUGGUAUUUGAGGUUUGUCAGCACCUGAUGUUACGGGCCUGCUUUUCUCCAUCGGGACAUUUUCUGGCAGGAGGAAACCCGCUAGGUGAUAACCUCACGAGCUAACACCGCAAGCUUUAGGCUUCCCUCCACUGCACCUCUGGGCUAUGACGACGGAUUAAACCUGCCCAUGAGCGCAGCAGGCACCGUACAGCAUCAGAACAUUUGAACCCGAAGGUGUUGUAUGGGAUUCCUCUCGGCGGCGGAGAAGCGGGCCUGAGCCAACAUGGUGACCUGGAGGCGGCUGCUGCGAGUGUCCAACCGCUCGUUUUUGGCCUUCAUUUUCUUCUUCUCAAUGUUCACUACCUGCCUGUACUUCAUCUAUGCGGCACCGGGCAUAGCCAACACAUACUUCUUCAUGGUGCAGGCCCAGGGCAUCAUGUUGAGAGACAAUGUGAGGACCAUUGGACACAUGAUCCGAUUGUACACCAAUAAGAACAGCACACUUAACGGCACAGACUACCCAGACGGCAGCAAUUCCAGUGAACUCCUGAUCCAGCCCACCACCUUUCUCCCCGAAAACUUCACCUACGCCCAGAACCUCCCCUGCCCCGAGCGAUUACCUUCUAUGAAGGGCCCAAUAGAAGUCAACAUGACUGAGAUCCCUAUUGAAGAGAUGGAGCUCAAGUUCUCAACGUUUUUUGACAUUAAAUUUGGGGGCCAUUGGAAACCAAAAGACUGCAAACCACGCUGGAAGGUGGCCGUCCUGAUCCCGUUCCGGAACCGUCAUGAGCACCUGCCCAUCCUCUUCCAGCACCUCACCCCCAUGCUACAGAGGCAGCGCCUGCAGUUCUCCUACUACGUCAUCGAGCAGACGGGGAGCCAUCCCUUCAACAGGGCCAUGCUGUUCAACGUGGGCUUCCUGGAGGCCAUGAAGGACCUGGCCUGGGACUGCCUGGUGUUCCACGACGUGGACCACAUCCCCGAGAACGACCGCAACUACUACGGCUGCGGGCAGAUGCCGCGCCACUUUGCCGCCAAGCUCGACAAAUACAUGUACAUACUCCCUUAUAGCGAGUUCUUCGGUGGCGUAAGUGGACUCACAGUGGAGCAGUUUCGCAAGAUCAACGGCUUCCCCAAUGCAUUCUGGGGCUGGGGAGGAGAGGACGAUGACCUGUGGAACAGGGUGCACUAUGCCGGUCUCAACGUCACGCGGCCAGAGGGCGAGAUGGGCAAGUACAAGUCCAUACCACACCACCACCGAGGAGAAGUGCAGUUUCUUGGGAGGUACAAGCUGCUGAGGUACUCCAAGGAGCGGCAGCACCUGGAUGGGCUGAACAACCUGCGCUACGUGGCCCGCGUCUCGCUGCACGGCCUCUACAAGAACAUCACGGUGGACCUGCAGCCGGAGCUGGCGCCCAUUGCCGACUAUUGACCCCCCCCCCCCCGCCCGCCACACACACACACUCACACACACACACACUCACGCACAGCUUCUCCCGUUUCACCCAUCCCCCCCAUCGUUAUACCCCCUCCCUCCCCCUGUACUGCCCCCCCCCCCUCUCUUCUCCCCCAGGGACAGACCUGCUGUUUAGCAGGAGCAGGGUAAGAGAGUGGGGGCCGGGUUGGGUGGGGGGGGGGAUUUACAGGGUUAGGCAUUAACACGCCAGGUGUUAACAUUGUAACGACUUUGUUCUGAAGAGGAAUCCAAAUGGAGGAAGAUGAGGAAGAAAAAAAAAAAAAGAACAUGGAGGAAGUGUGUGUGUGUGUGUGUGUGUGUGUGUGUGUGUGUGUGUGUGUGUGUGUGUGUGUGUGUGUGUGUGUGUGUGUGUGUGUGUGUGUGUGUGUGUGUGUGUGUGUGUGUGUGUGUGGCGCCGUGAAGUGCAACGGAGAGACGUGUGAAGGAAUGAAUCGCAUGUCGAAGCGUGUUCUGGGACCACUGGAGCUUCUACCCCCCUCCCCCCCGGGCGCAGUCAGGGGGGGGUGCUAAUGUUGUGCUGUGGCGCCUUAAAUGUGGGUUGGCUCGGUAGCGUCCUGGCCUUGCCCCGGCUCAGCGCUUCACACGUCUUCACCCUCCAACGCCAACCGGUCUGUAUCGCUUUGUGUACGGUCACUUUCGUUUUGUUUUUUUCAAUUUAUUUUUCUGCCAAAGCAUAUCUUCUCGUUCUUCUGAGAGAUGAAAAUAUUCCUUAAAAACAGGUGCAGGAAACGAGAAGAGUCAACAUACAUGUCUGUGACAAAAUUGUGUAUUUUUUUAGCUUUUUCUUAUGUAUUUAUUUGUCCUCUUGCAGAAGCACUCCUUGUCUGCGCCGCGAACGUUUUGUGUGUUUUUGUUUCGUUUUUCGCUGCACUAUCGCUGAGAUCUGCAUGCACAGAACAUGUAUUGUGAAUAUCGGCUCAAGUGUGCGAACACUAGUAUGUAUAUAUCGGCAUUUUUAACGCACAAGCGUUAUUCCAGUGGGUUUUAGAUUUAUUUUUUUUGGCAGCUACUUUUCUCUCUUAGGAACUGAACAUAUGAGUGAGUGGCUUGUUCCAGAUCUAGGAGGAAACCCCUACAGGAAAAAAAUAUGUAUAGGAUGUUUGGCAUAGAAAAAAAAAAAAGAUAAAACAAAAUCCCUAGAUUUCAAUUUAUCGUUUGCAUGCCUUAAUUUUUCUUUUCAACAGAUGUUUAUUUUCCUCCUCCUCCCCCCAAACAUAAUUUAUGAUAUCAUUUUUCUAGAUGUGUAUAUUUCUAUUGAGUUUCUUUUUGUUGAGGUACUUUUCAUUUUAUUUCUUUUGAGGUGCACUGUGUGGAAACCUAAAGAGCAAGUCGUUUCACAGUAGUAGCAGACGUGUGACUACACCAUGCCUUUUCCCUUCACACGUAUGGCGAGGUCGGGAACUGGGCAUGGGAUGUGUCACAAUUGGUGGACAAAGGUGUGCGUUUGUGUUUGUGUGAGAGAGAGAGAGAAUCUGUCUUUGUGUGAGAGAGAGAAUGUGUGUUUUUGUGUGAGAGAAUGUGUGUGCAUGAGAGUCAGUAUCUGUGGCUACCAGAACCAUGAGACAGAAGUCAACCCCUUGCCAUGCUGUACUUUAAGCCCUGGUGCACAGCAAUCCCUAACUGAAGUGUCAAAAGUAGGAUCGUCAUGGCUUUGUCUAGACAGUGUUGUUUCUAUUGGUUGGUAAUCUUUGUUGUGGUCCUUAUUUUCCGAGGCUGACAAGGCUAUAAGAUGGGCCAGAAUGAGAGAACCCUAGCUUCAAUGUGUGGUGUUUCUUGAAUGGCAUUGUGUGAGUCUUUGGCCAUGAAAACUUUAAUUUGUUAAAGCUUUGAGUGCUAUAAAAGAAGGAAACUUGUUGGCAAUGGUGAACCCCUUUUCACACGUUAUCCCCUUAUGUUUACCCUUGCAUUCAUGCUAUGACCUUACCAAUGUGUUUUUUGAUAUAGUAACCGUGUUUGUUUUAUAUUUUGUUUUAUUUGGACGUCUGCAUCUCAAACGCGACACGGCGGCCAUUGCCUUUUUGUGCUGGUGACGCAGAGUCUCUUAGCCAAGUGGGUUGAACCUCCAUCCUCCUCAUUAUCAUUUGGAAUGUGUUCGCAAUGCUGAGUUUAGGAGCAGCCCGCAGAUGUUUACACACGUGUUCCCUUAGAAGAAGUAGCGACUGCUGAACCAAAUAAAUCUGGGUUCAGGAACACGACAACAAAUAGAGCAGUUUUAUUGUUUGCAGCCCAUCUGGUUGGUAGGCAACUGGUUCUUAAUUGACCGACAUUCGUUUUAGAAGUGAGCGGUGCCAAAGUAUUUUUGUGUGUUGUAUUUUUUGCCUCAUUGAUACAAAAACUCUCUAUUCCCCCCCCCCUCCCUCCCUCCUGUUUCUGACCUCUCAUGGUAAAUGUGUCCAUUUGGGUCAGAACUCUGUUGGUGUUCUUCAUGCCGGUGCUUAUGGGUUACUAUGCUUUAGUUAUGGGACAUCCACUGCAGUUGGCAUAACCAGGGAUCGACACCUAGAAAGCUAGCACUACUUGAUGGAAACGGGAUGAUUUAGAAUAAACCAAAUGGUCGUGGCACCCAUUCAAAGUUGAGAAAGUUAUGGGUGAUUUCUCGCCCACUUAUUCUGUUAUGAUCACCCCUCUCAAAAGCAGUAAAAAAUUAAAUAAAGAUAACUUGUAAGAAAAUAUUUUGGGAGACCUAAUGUCAAAAAUAGGAUUUUUCCAGUUAGCGCUACAGUGUAGCGCUUUUCUACUCCAAGGAUUUGUGCUCUGUUCAGGGUAACGACCACGACUCAAAAUCAAUAAGAAAAAAACAAACAUAAAAAGGUGUGGCUCAUCACUUUUGAAUGUGCACAGGCACAUUCAAAGGUUAAGGCCAAAUGCGUCCCUUGUGGUUAAGAUCCAUCUUCAGAAGUAGUGGUGGUAAUGUCGUGGGGUGCCGGCCGUCCUUGGUAGAGAGGUGUUGGUGGGAUCUCUGUUUUUAGAUCCCACAUGAUCCUGUUCAGCUUGUCCGGUCUUUUUAUUUUUUUUAUUUGAUACAAAGUUCGAAACAUUUCAGAAUUCCACCGUCACCAGUGCGCAACGUCAAUGUUACAUUUUGCAGUAUUCAUAUUUGUGCCUUGAUUUUUUUUUUCAGGCCUUUUUUUCAAUUUGUAUUCUUAAAUUAUAUAUCAAAAGUGAUUUGGUUUGUUUUGAAACUGAAUUAAGUGCACAUGCUCUGCUUAAAAUAUUUGUUCUGAUUAAGUUUUACAGUGGAAGUCUUACAGUGUUAAAUAUUCUUGCCAACUGGAUGAGUAUGUUCAACGGAGAAAAAAUAAUUUCAAAAGUUUUGUUUGUCUUGUUUUUAUUCAACAAGUGGCAUUACAAAAAACUAUUUAUCAUGGCCCUUUUUCUUUUUUGCUUCUGUGAAACCAAAUGCGACCACAAGGUGCAAGUUGAUAAUUGGCUUGUGGCUAACAAUAUUCUUAACUGGCCCUUAAAUGUCUUAAAGUAUGUAGGAAAUUAAAAAUACAGCAGUAUCCAUCCACGUUCUACCAAUCAGUACCAACACUGCAUGUGUCUCCUGGUCCUCUGCACCAUCACCGCAGAAGAGACAGGCCCUGUAGGCAGUGCUCUUUGGCCACACUAGACUCUGCCAAUGGGAGCUGGGCAAAAUGUAAACUGGUAGGAGCACAUCAACCUUAGCUGACAGGUUUUUUUUUUCCUUUAGAUCGUUUUUCGAUUAGAAAAUAAGAUCAUCUACUAAAGAUAGAAUGACUAUUCUGCACAUGCUCAUGAAAUGCGGCUGUAGUUGUAGCACUUUUUUUUUUGGCCAGAAGAAUGUUCCAUAAUUCUUCCGACACGGUACAGUUUACUUUUUACGUGCCAAGGUUGAACCAUUGGCGAUGACGUCAAGCUCUUAGUCUUGGGGAAUCAUCCAGGAAGAAGUUAAGUCUGCUGUUUAACUGUCAGUUUUUGUACUUUUUUUUUUGGUUAACUGAAAAUAAACACUCCAUUGCCAUGUUCUUGAAAACCA